UCAUCGAGUACGGUUUCCAAGGCGCUUUAAUCUGUGAUUCUAGACUGCAUUGCAGUCGCAUUUGUUUUUAUAAAUAUUUAUCGAUCCGGAAGGGUUACACAUUCGCCAUGUGCCAACUGCAAGUUGUUCGGUUCGGUUUCCUGAUCACCAUACUGCAGAUCUGCUUUAUUAGCGGUCAAAAUCUGCCCUACAUUGCCUGCCCUCAUCUUUUCCAGUACCUGGAACACAAUAAUGAGUACAUAGGACAUCUGCAACUAGUUCUGGAUAACGAGUCUACGGAUAACGUAGUACGUGUUGAACUUUCGCACCCUGGCAGAAGGACUCCGUCCUCGCCGGGUACUCUUAACUUCUUGGAGAACGAGGAGUCACUCAAGGAUCGGUUGUCAAACAAUCAGCCCAUCAACUACCGAAUUGACUUUCCCACUCCGGGUGUGGUGCCCAAACUGACCAAGGUUUCGAUCAAUGGAGAUAUUGUGUGCCAAGCUAACCCGUUUGGAUCACCGAGCUCAAGACUAUCUUUAUCGCGUACUCUGCGAAUGAUUGUUCCAUUGGCGUCUUUACCGACACCCGAGCGGAUACAGCCACCUCAAUGGUCCCAGAACCCCCAAAGGAACUGGACAGGACCCUCCCAGGAGCAGGAGCCUCCUCAGAUACUACGUCCACAACAGCCUCCUCCCAGACCGCGGCCACAACCAGUGCCUCAAUUGCCACAAGAACCGAGGUUCGAGACCACAGCCCGGCCACCGAUUCCACCAUUGAUCCCACCCGUGCAAAUUACCGAAUCCGUUCCCCGGACAAUCGGUCAGCUGAGUGGAGUCUGUGGGCGGGAGAAGACCAUCCAGACGCCCUUCAUCCACAACGGAAUCGAGGUGGAGCGGGGUCAGCUGCCCUGGAUGGCGGCCCUCUUCGAGCACGUGGGCAGGGACUACAACUUUUUGUGCGGAGGUACCCUGAUCUCGGCCAGAACGGUGAUCUCGGCGGCCCACUGUUUCCGCUUCGGCAGCCGGAAUUUGCCUGGUGAAAGGACAACGGUUUCACUGGGUCGUAAUUCGCUGGACUUCUUUGCACCCGGACAAACAAGCGGCGUAUCCCUACUUUUGCUGCACCAGGACUACAAUCCCAACGUGUACACCGAUGCGGAUUUGGCGCUGCUGCAGUUGACUGAAACCAUUCAUUUCAGUGACUACGUCAAGCCCAUUUGUUUGUGGAACGAGAACUAUCUGCUCGACCUGCCCUCGGGUUACAAGUCCUACGUGGCUGGUUGGGGUGAGGACGAAAAGGGCAACCGGAACACGCGGCUGGCCAAGAUGACGGACACGGACAUCAUCACCAACUCGGAGUGCCGCGGCAAUCUCUCCGAGGAGAAUGCGCGCUUCAUUACCUCGCACACGAUCUGCGCCAGCAAUUCCAAAGCAUCGGGACCCUGCAGCGGGGAUUCCGGAGGAGGACUGAUGCUCCAGGAGCAGGACAUCUGGAUGCUGCGAGGCGUCGUUUCAGCCGGACAGCGCAUGACCAGAGGAUGCAACCUUACUCUGCCCGUCAUCUACACGGAUGUGGCCAAGCACAUCGAGUGGCUGCUGAGGAGCAUGUGGUUUUGAGAGGCUGACCGAUGGACUAGUUGAAUUGAGUGCCAAAAUACCGAGUGACCAAAGGGUUGAUUGUGAGAUUAAUUUAAACUUCAUAAAUGAAUACAUGAAUACAUCUUGAACAAAGUAAAAAUGUUGGUCAAUAUGAUCAAUUUGAAUUACAACCA